CAAAGUACAACACCUCACUGCAACUACCGCAGUCCGCAGCUCUCUUCUCUUCUUCCUUAUCCAUGGCGUCUUCUUCAUUCAUUGCCCUAACUAAUCCCUUUACCUCUAACAAGCCUAACCUACAACUCCUCUCCAAUACAACACGCAUUGGUCUUCGGAGGAGCUCGCUGAGAGUGAAUGCGAUCGGAAAGACGUACGAGCCUGCUAAGGUGGUGCCACAGGCUGAUAGAGUUUUGAUUCGUCUUGAGGAGCUUCCUGAGAAAUCAGCUGGCGGAGUUUUGCUGCCAAAAUCAGCUGUGAAGUUUGAGCGCUACCUCGUAGGAGAGGUUGUCUCUCGUGGAGCUGAGGUUCAGGAUGUGCAAACAGGAAGAAAGGUGCUUUUCUCUGACAUAAACGCACAUGAGGUUGAUCUGGGAACAGACACAAGGCACUGUUUCUGCAAAGCUGGCGACUUGCUGGCUAUUGUCGACUAGUCAUCUUACACACUGGAGAAGGAAACAAGACUAAGCUUAACUCGGAGUGCAACAAGUAGCAUGUAUUGUUAUAGCCUAGUUCAGACAGGAAUUCUUGAGUAAUGACAAUGGUGACUAUAUGAGGUCUAAUUCAAUAAAAGAUUCUCCUCUAUUUGGAUGGGGGAGAAACCCUCUUUUAUCUUUUGAGAA